GGGUGAUUAGAGUGUGGGUAUGGGUUAGAUUUUUUUAUUUUAGGUUUAGGGCAAUAAGGUAAAUUCAAUAUAGAUUUGUGGGCUUUAUGUGGAGAUUUGCGGGCGAUGUUUAGCAAUCCAACUCAUUUAACCCUUUCUUUUUCCUCCCUCCUUCCGGCGGAAAUCGGAAACCUUUCAUCCCCUUUUUCCUUCGCAGAAUCAACGAAUUCUUAGCAGUGUUCUUCAAUUUUGCGCGAAUUUCAGUCAGAGAUUAGAGAAACAGAUAGACAAUUUUAUCUCUUCUUCUCUGAGGUUUUAAGGGGAUGGCGUCGAAGAGAAUUUUGAAGGAGCUCAAGGAUCUGCAAAAAGAUCCUCCGACUUCCUGCAGUGCCGGUCCUGUGGGUGAAGACAUGUUUCAUUGGCAAGCCACAAUUAUGGGCCCUCCUGACAGUCCUUACGCAGGGGGUGUUUUCCUUGUUACUAUUCACUUCCCCCCAGAUUAUCCAUUUAAACCCCCCAAGGUAGCAUUUAGGACAAAGGUUUUUCACCCCAAUAUCAACAGCAACGGAAGCAUUUGCUUAGACAUCUUGAAGGAGCAGUGGAGCCCUGCCCUUACCAUUUCAAAGGUCUUGCUUUCCAUCUGCUCGCUCUUGACAGAUCCAAAUCCUGACGAUCCCCUAGUACCAGAAAUCGCUCACAUGUACAAGACUGAUAGGGCGAAAUAUGAGAGCACUGCAAGGAGCUGGACUCAGAAGUAUGCUAUGGGCUAAAGACUUAACAUGUCAAUUGGAAGGGGGUAGGAGGCAGCUUUGUCAUUCAGAUACUGUCUUCUAAGCAUAUGUACUCUGUAUGUGGGUUUUAACCUUUUGAUCAGUGUGCUCUGCGACCUAAGCUGGACAAAAGUAUUGUCCGGCAUUUCCUUAUGUUCAAAAAAGAAACACUUAUAUGUUGUCCUUUAAAUGUUUGUAUGGACAAAAAUUAAUCUUCAAGCUGUGAAAUAUGACCAAUUUGAUGCUGCAUCAUUAGCUCUUA